CUCCUCCUCCUCUUCUCUCCUCCUCCUCCUUCUCGUGUAGUACUUCCUUGCGUCUGUCUGGUCCGCCUCUCGCCUCACUAGCCACUGGCCUCACAACACUAGCCCUACUCAGUCGCGUGGUGGCCCUAGCUAGUGUGUGUGCGCGGCCGCGGCUCCUCAACCUCCACCCCGGGGCAGACUCGACCCUUCCCUCCCACUCCUCAGAAGGGAACAACGAUGCACAGACUAACAAUCCUUGAGACACGCCAUUCUGUAUUGACUCCACUGAAACUAUGAACCUGUAGACAAGCACUGGUGGUGGUGGUGGUGGUGGUGGUGUGGUGAUGCAGUGGUGGUGGCGGUGCAGGACAGGAACGCAAUUAGAUGAGAACCGAGUACAAGAAGAGAGAGAGGGAAACGAGGUAGAAGUAAAACAAGUGAACGUCGAGGAAAGAUGAAGUAGAGAAGAAAUUUGUGAAUGCAAGUAAAAAGGAAACUGCAACAAGUGAAGGAUUGAAUGAAUAUAGGAAAAGGAAAAGGAAAAAAAAAAAAAGAACACUUAAUUCACUUACGCUUGUAGAAAAAUAGAAAAAGGAAGAAAAGAAAAGAAAAAACUCUUCGACCACUUAAAAAAAAUUGAACAAAAAAGAAAGAAAAGAGAGAAAACAAAUAAAUCUAGACUCGUAGAAGAAAUAAAGAGCUGAAAUAAACAAAAACAAAAAGAAAAAAGAACUUAUUACAUUUAGACUCGUGGAAAGCAAAAGGUAACCACAAUGGAGCAAUGGUCAAGGCUGGUGGUGGUGGUGGCAGUGGUGGUGAUGGUGGUGGUGGUGCCCUCCUGCGCUCAGGCAAACAGGAAUGGGUACAGACGGCGUCACAAUUAUCAUCGCUAUAACGGACAGGGCGUUGUGAUGACCAGAGGGAACUUCUGCCCCUACACGGUGAGCAAGAUGGUGUCCUGCAAGGUGCUCAACGGGACGGAGACAUACACGGGGAGGGUCGCUGUCGGCCAGAGGAGCAGAUUAAUGACGCUGACUCGGCCCCACUACUCCAUCACGUUCAAGGAAGUGCAGGAGACGGAGUACGGCUGCUGUCCAGGCUUCCACGGCGACAACUGUGAUAACAGAUGCUUCAACUGCACGCAAAUCCAACACCUCGAGUCUCGGGUCCGCACACUGGAGGCCAAAUUACUGCGGUCACCAUCUGCGUCACUCCCGCCCCUGAAGGACACAGUGAUCCAGAUGGGCCUUCCAGACACUUCCCACGUCCAGGACCACCCCCUCAAUGGUAAGCGUGGGCGGGGACGCGGACGAGGCAGCAACAGAGGACGCAACAAGAAUUCCAACAGACAUCGAGGGCGUGGAAGUGACAGGCGAGUGAGUGGGAGGCGCGGCGGGAAUGAAGUUCUUCCUGAGGCAACCUAUGAGGCUGUGAGCUCCAGUCCAGACCAGUGUUCCUGCCCUCCCGGACCUCAAGGCAUCCCUGGCCGCGAUGGCAUCCCUGGUCAGGAUGGAAGCCCAGGACCCCAGGGACCCCCCGGACCAGCAGGGCCAGCAGGGCCACCAGGACUACCUGGUUUGGUAACAAGUAAUUCAGGUGAUGGGCGGCAGGAUGGUCAACCAAACUACAUCCCUGGCUCACCUGGCCAGCCUGGCAGCCCUGGUGUGCCUGGCGCCCGUGGUGAGCCUGGCGUGGCAGGCAGGCCAGGGCCAGUGGGACUGCCAGGCCGCCCAGGUGAGCCAGGUCCCCCUGGACCUCAAGGACCAACAGGCCCACAAGGACUGCCUGGAGUGGGCGUGCCAGGACCCAAGGGUGACCGUGGCCUGGAUGGACUGCCUGGAGGAAAGGGUUCAAAUGGACCGCCGGGUCCUGUGGGGCUGCCAGGAGCACCGGGACCCAAGGGUGACCCUGGGCUUAAUGGCAUUGCUGGCAACCAGGGCCUGCCUGGACCCAAGGGGGAGAUUGGCCCUCUGGGACCAUCAGGACCAGCUGGUAGACCUGGGCAGCGAGGAGAUAUUGGCCCUGUAGGACCUCCAGGUGUCCCAGGUCCCCCUGGUCCCCCUGGACCACCCGGACCAUCAUCACACCAGGGACCUGGGGGAUUUGGUCUGGGCAACUACUAUGGGGACUACCCUGAUGUGGCAUUUGAGGGCAGCGGUGACAACCUUCAUAUCGAUGACGAUGAAUAUCCACUUGAAAGGCCUGGUCUUCCAUUGCCUCGUGGUUUCCCGGGGCCACCGGGACCCAAGGGUGAUAAAGGAGAACCAGGGAGUCCAGGCAUCAGAGGAGACAGAGGGUCUGCUGGCAUCCAACAAGGCCCUCGAGAUGGUGAGCAGGAGGCCUCCAUCACAGAAUUGUACCUGACGGUUAAAAGUCUCAGAGAAAAGAUGAACUUGAUGGAUGCUCGAGUCCGCAUUCUGGAGAGGGAAGUUGCAAGGAUCACUGGUCAAGCUGGUGGGGAGACGCUGCUGCCUGGCCACCCUGAUUUGCCGUACAACCCCAGCAGAGAAGUGCCUGAUGCUUCACCUGACUACAAUACCCAGACUGAUGACCUCCUGAGACGGGUCGACCGAUUGAAUGGACUGGUUAAUUCUGCCACUCCAACGAGAGGAGGAGGACGCCCAGGCUCUCUGGAGCCACCCCGAGAGAUUUACCCCGUGGGACUUGAUGGGGAAGGACUAGAAGAUAACAACAGCACCUUUUCACCACCAACACCAGAAGAUGAACUACCAGCACCAGACACGUCCAGAGUGGAGGAGGAGACAACCACUCUUGACUCUGCGUAUGAGGAUGGGGCGUCAGGGGUUGAGUACGAUUACUCAGAGUAUGAACCCUAUGAAUAUGGUGACUAUUUAGAAUACACUUACUAUGAUUAUGGCGAGAACACACGCACAAAGAGACAACACACGGCUGCGAAUGACGUGAAGGGAACGCAUGAGUCAGCCAGAACAUCAGGGGAUUCUGAACACAUAAAGAGUGGCAGGAGACAAAAGCAGAGAAUAUCAACAAAGAAAAGAAAAAAUACACAAAAAGUAAUAUCAGAGACAGAUUCACACAAGAGGGAGACCAUACCACUCAGCACAGGACAGCAGCAGGGAGACCAAGAAGCUGGCAGGGGAGGAAGGACAUACAGCAAUAGGAGGAUAGAGAACCUUCACCCUCUUAAAGCCUUUGGUCUCCGAUACAGACGUGGCCUGGAUUACCUCCUGGGGAAGUCUAGCAAAGAGGAUGUCACUUGGAUAUAGUUAUUGCAGUUAUAGCUCUAUUUUUAUAUACAUUUUCUCUCUGGUUGUAAAAUGUCUGAGAGUGACUGACAGGAUGCAUCAGUAAUGAAUGAUGUGAUAAAUAUUACGAUGCCUCCUACUGUGUUGUCUUGAACUUUCACGUAGCCUUUUGCUUUCAAAUGAUGCCUGAUUUUGUGCAUUCUAUUCUUAAACCUUACCCAGUUCAUACACGGACUUUAUAAAUGAGCAUCUAGGGACCAACAGAGAGACAGCCACACAAGCAGCUAUGCAGGAUACAAAUCUUGAGUGUCUUCAAUGAUUUUGUUGCCUUCAGAUACACAGCUUAAGAAAAUGUGCAAGUAUAUUCAUAGUAGGUUCUUUUUAUAGACUUGACUUUGCUUUGUUGUUACUCUGAAGCAAAAUAAUGAUUGUCAUAGAUUUUGUCAUAACUUGAGUAGCUACUUUGUUUAAAUGUUUUCCAUUAUUAUCAUUCUAAAAUCACUCACUUCCACUGUUUUGUUAAUGCAGUGUCCCCUCAGGAGCACCACUGCAACACUGAGACAAUAUCUGAAGGGCAGUCAUGAGGGAAAGGACCCACAUCAAACACAGGCAGGACAUUUACAAUAGCAGGAAUCUGACAUGCCAUCAGUCACCAAUGAGGCUAAGAUGAUCUGUGCUUAGAGGGGUCAAGAUUGCCUCACACUGACCUGCCACUGUGCUAACCUUGCCACAUGAACCUGCCAGGAGUUUGUCCACAUAAAAUAAUGCACAUUAAACUGGUAACUGGGAAAUAUUAGUUUGUCUGUAGAUAAAACACAGCAAACUGGGAACAUGAAAGUGGCAAAGAAAGGAACCAGUCACUAUUGUACAGCCAUGGCCGAGGGUGUGUGGUGCUGCCUGAGCCAAGACACAACACAUAUUGCUUCAUUCAAAACAGACACACAAAUGGCUCCAACAAGUCUCAGCAUUGCACAAUUCCAAAGGACCCUCAGCUGCUCUCCUGGACUUCAGGCACCAUGUGACUUCACUAAUCAGGCAGUCAUCCUACAUUUCUUGUUUAUUUACAUUUUAGGGAGGAAUUGUCUAGGCUAAAACUUCUACACUCUUUAGGGGAAUGCCGUUUAACUUAAUUAGAUUAUAAGCUGUAAUUGCAAGUAACAUUCAUUCAUUCCUACUUUUCUCAACUGUUUGUUAUUCCAUUUUCAAUUGUAUUUUUAGGAUAUGUUUUCUAUUCCUGAUGCCUUAUGAGCUCUAGAGAAAAAAGUCUCAAAAAUUAUGCUGUCAAGUCUGCCACUAAUAAAAUAAUUAGUUGUAAAAA